AGUAGAAGAAGAGUCACUUCCUUUCCUGGCUCAAGUGACGGGAGCUGUCGCCGCACGUUCUUUCUGUGCCAACACUACAGUAAAACUGGAUUUUAUCAGUAUUCAAAGACGACAGCGGUAUCACAGAAUACAUUUCACAAGGACGUAGAUUGAGUGCUUUCUUCAGCCAUGUCUCGUUUCUUCGCCACCGGGUCUGACAGCGAGUCAGAGGAGUCCUCAUCCGCAGAUGAGAUUACCCCAAAAGCACCCGGGACCACUUUCAAACAGUCACUGCUGCUCAGUGAUGAUGAGGAAGAUACUAAGCGAGUCGUGCGAAGCGCCAAAGACAAAAGGUUUGAGGAGUUGACCAAUCUCAUCAAGACUAUCCGCAACGCUAUGAAGAUUCGCGACAUGGCCAAGUGUCUGGAGGAGUUUGAGCAGUUGUGUCGAGCCUUCCUCAAAAGCAAGAAUAUAGUGGACAAGGAGGGGGUUCCAUCUUUUUACAUCCGUCUCUUGGCAGACCUGGAGGAUUACUUGAAUCAGCUUUGGGAGGACAAAGAAGGCAAGAAGAAGAUGAACAAGAACAACGCAAAAGCCCUCAGUACACUCCGACAAAAGAUCCGCAAGUACAACAGGGAUUACGAGACGGAAAUUGCUGCUUAUAAAGAGAAUCCACAAGAAUCUGCAGAUGAAGAGGAGGAGAAGGGACAAGAUGAUUCAGGUUCAUCCUCUGACAGUGAUGACGAAGGUGGCGAUGAGGGCGUGUCCGCCAAAUCAUUCUUGAAGAAAAAGCCAGAGGCUGCGCCUGAGGCCAGCAAGUUCCUUAAGUCCGCCAAAGGAUCCGGGGAUGAGUCCUCCUCUGGUGAUGAUGAUGAUGAUGACGAUGAAGACUGGAGCUCUGACACUGUGGACACUGGGAGUGAGAGCUCCGAUGAAGGAGAGGGGAAAAGUGCAUCUCUCGCCAUGGUCUUCCUCAAGAAGGCCCAGGCACCCGAGAAGAGCAGCGAAAAGGUUGGGAAAAAGAAGAAGCUCAAGAAGAAAGAGAAACUGGAGGAGGAGGCUGAGGAAGAGGGAGGAGAGGAGGUCGAGGGAGGCUGGGAGAAGGUGAAGGGAGGCGUCCCUCUCGUCAAGGAGAAGCCCAAGAUGUUUGCAAAGGGCACAGAGAUCAACACAGCUGUGGUGGUGAAGAAGCUCAAUGAGAUCCUGCAAGCCAGAGGGAAAAAGAGCACAGACAGGACUGGCCAGAUUGAACUGCUCAAUGCCCUGGCAAAUAUCGCUACAGAGAAUAACCUUGGUGCGGGUGUCACAGUCAAAAUCAAGUUCAACAUCAUUGCUUCGCUGUACGAUUACAACCCCAACAUGGCAACCUUCAUGAAGCCGGAAAUGUGGAAGAAGUGUCUCGAAUGCAUAGACGAGCUGCUGGACAUGUUGUUUGACAACAGCAACAUCUUCAUUGGGGAGAACAUUGCAGAGGACAGUGAAAACCUGACCAUCUCAGACCAGCCUUUCAGAGUUCGUGGUUGCAUCUUAACUCUGGUGGAAAGGAUGGAUGAAGAGUUUACAAAGAUCAUGCAGAACACUGAUCCUCAUUCACAAGAAUAUGUGGACAACUUGAAAGACGAAGGACGCGUUUGUGGCAUCGUGGACCGUCUCCUCACCUACUUGGAGACCAAAGGAAGCACAGAGGACAUUUGUCGUGUCUACCUGCGCCGAAUCAUGCACACUUACUACAAGUUUGACUACAAGGCUCACCGGCGCAGCCUGGGCAUCCAGGGAGAAACAAAGUCCCAACAGGACCAGGAGGAGAGCGAGGGAGAGGACAGUGCUGUCAUCAUGGACCGCCUCUGCAAGUUCAUCUACGCCAAGGAUCGCACCGACCGCAUCCGCACAUGCGCCAUCCUCUGUCACAUCUACCACCAUGCGCUGCAUUCACGCUGGUACCAGGCACGUGACCUUAUGCUGAUGAGCCACCUGCAAGACAACAUCCAGCACGCCGACCCGCCCGUGCAGAUCCUCUACAACAGAACCAUGGUUCAACUGGGAAUCUGUGCGUUCCGUCAAGGGAUGAUCAAAGACGCUCACAAUGCCUUGCUGGACAUCCAGUCAUCAGGCCGUGCCAAGGAACUCUUGGGUCAGGGUUUGCUCAUGAGGAACAUGCAAGAGAGGAAUGCAGAGCAGGAGAAGAUUGAGAAGAGAAGACAAGUGCCGUUCCACAUGCACAUCAACCUGGAGCUGCUGGAAUGUGUGUACCUAGUGUCGGCCAUGCUGCUGGAAAUCCCUUACAUGGCUGCCCACGAGUUCGACGCCCGUCGCCGCAUGAUCAGCAAGCAGUUCCACCAUCAGCUCCGAGUGGGAGAGAGACAGCCAUUACUCGGACCCCCAGAGAGCAUGCGGGAACAUGUGGUUGCAGCUAGCAAGGCCAUGAAGAUGGGGGACUGGCGCACCUGCCACUCUUUUAUCAUUAACGAGAAGAUGAACAGUAAAGUGUGGGACCUGUUUCCCGAGACGCAGCGAGUGCGAGAGAUGCUCGUCAGGAAGAUCCAAGAGGAGUCACUAAGGACAUACCUGUUCACAUACAGCAGCGUGUAUGACUCCAUUAGCAUGGCAACGCUGUCUGACAUGUUUGAGUUGGAGAUCGCCACAGUUCACAGCAUCAUCAGCAAAAUGAUCAUCAACGAAGAACUAAUGGCCUCUCUGGACCAGCCCACACAGACGGUGGUGAUGCACCGCACAGAGCCCACCUCUCUGCAGAACAUGGCCCUGCAGCUGGCUGAGAAACUAGGCAGCCUGGUGGAGAAUAAUGAGCGUGUCUUUGACCUGAAGCAGGGUGUCUAUGGCGGCUACUUCAACAGAGAUCAGAAAGGCGGAUAUCAACAGAAACAGUCAUACCAGAGAGAUCAGAAGGGAGGUUACCAGUCCAAACAGGGGGGCUACCAGCGAGGAGGCUACAGGAAUCAGAACCAAGGCAACUACUAAUCUUGGCAUAUUUACAUUCCAUUUUAUCAUCAAGCAUCACCCGGCUGAUCUGUCUGACUGGGGCUGUUUAUUGGUUGAAGUGUGAUCAGUUAUCUAAAUAAACUAUCUUGAAUAGUC